AUGAUUUACAUGAUGAGAUUUGAGACUUCUGGUGGUAUUUACAUGGGCUUUUGGUUUAGAGAUGAUGCCCAAUGGGUUGAGAUUACAGUGGGGGAUGUUGGGAUAGGACGUAUGCAUUUUGUAUGCGGGACAGAUGUGGAUUCUGGGGAGCCCAGGGUGGACUUUAGUGGCGUGAAUGGUGGCCCCCCAAAAGACGGUGAAUUUAUGGCAGAAGAAAGUAAUGAAAAAUUUUGGCAGUUUUUGGAAACUGUACAAGAAUUAGCCAUUUAUAAGCAAACAGAAUCUGCUUAUUCUUAUUACAAUUUAAUCCUGAAGAAAGCUGGACAAUUCUUAGACAAUUUACAUAUCAAUCUCCUAAAGUUUGCUUUCUCUAUAAGGGCAUACUCACCAACUAUUCAGAUGUUUCAACAGAUUGCAGCUGAUGAGCCCCCGCCAGAUGGUUGUGAUGCAUUUGUGGUUAUCCAUAAAAAACACACCUGUAAAAUUAAUGAGAUUAAAAAGCUGCUGAAGAAGGCUACUUCAAGGCCCAGACCUUAUCUAUUUAAAGGAGAUCAUAAAUUUCCUACAAACAAAGAGAACUUACCAGUGAUUAUACUCUAUGCUGAAAUGGGUACCAGAGCAUUUGGUAAAUUUCACCCAGUAUUGUCUGAAAAAGCAAAAAAUGGGGAAAUCCUAUAUGUUCUUCGACAUUAUAUUCAGAAACCAGUCUCACAGAAAAUGUACUUAUCUGGCUACGGUGUGGAGCUAGCAAUUAAGAGUACAGAAUACAAAGCUUUGGAUGAUACUCAAGUUAAAACAGUGACGAAUGCUACCGUAGAGGAUGGGAUUGAAACAAAUGAAGUUCAAGGAUUUCUCUUCGGGAAACUAAAGUAA